CCCACGAACGGCGCAUGUCCGCAAAAUCGGCGCUAGUGAUUAUGCAAUUUCAUACUAACAAUACAUACAGCACAUCAUAUGAAAGCUGGCAGUCCACAAAUUCCAACUGUAAUAAGGUCAUCACUCUGCGCCAAAAACUCACUGAAACAGCAUCCGAAAAAGAGGAAAAAUAAACAUCACUUUAUACAGCCAUAAUCAUGAAUUAUGUGUAACAUUGGCUGUUUUGUGUUUAUAAAUUGUGUUCGAGUGCAGUACACCACUCCACCAGCUAAUCUAAUCUGUCUAUCACUUCGAAGUGAAUCCUGACAGUUCAGGGAAGGUUUCGGUUUGAGGAGGACAGGUAUAAUGUGGAGUAGGUAGGGCCCUUUUCUACGAACACGGUGUAUUUGCCUCCUUGUGAUUAGCGGAUUAGUGUUGUUAUCAUGGAUUUGGGGACUGCACCUCGAUUCUAUUGGCUCUGACGGUCAAUAGAGGUGUCAAUCAUCCAAACUGACCAAUGGAUUCUUAAAAUGUUGCUAAUUUAACCUGGUCAACCUAUGUGUUUAAUGAAGUAUGUAUAUAAUUACACAAAAUCUGUUUCUGCCUGACAAGAAAAUCCCUCCAAAUCCAGUGCAGACUGUUUGUGUAGCUCGGAGCUCCUCCUUUUUGAUUUCCUCUUCUGUGGUCCCCACUAUAAAUGCUUCCAGCGCCCCCCACCUCUGCCCUUUUGUACAGAUCUCAUGUGGGAGAGGUGGAUGACCCUAUUUCAUUUAGUUGAUAAUCCUGAACCAUCCUAAAAUUUCUCUUUGUUUAUCAUAUGUAUUUCUGGUCUCAAUGUUAUCGUUAUGUCUGUUCCUGUCUAAUAAUGCAUACAGGUUAACAGAGUUGCAUUUCAAAAUAGCAGUUUUAACAGUUGAAAAUCGCUAGCUUGACGCUACGACAAACUGAACUAACUACCGGGUUUGUCGAUAUCUUUUUCUGCAUUUUAUUUGUAUAGGAGCUCGAGUGGACGGCACGAUUUACAUGGAGGUUGUCUGUUAUCUGUUUUGUCAGGUAUGUUUUGUUAAAUAUGUGGUUUAUUCACCAUGUAAUGAUUUUACCGCGUAGUCGCGGGCACCCUUUUGUACAGAUCUCAUGUGGGAGAGAAGCUCGAGUGGACGGCACGAUUUACAUGGAGGUUGUCUGUUAUCUGUUUUGUCAGAAUAAACGGAGAUUGCCCACGCUGACAACUACGUCAUCGGAGCUGAACCCUACGUUUUGACUUGCAGGUGUUUCUGUCGUAUAGUCAUGUGGUAAAUUUGAUAGCGCAUGAGGGUUAUUGCUACAGUGUAUAUGUAUUUUCCUGCAUUUGUAUUAGUAUACUGGUCCUAUUACUUGUUAUUUAGCUCAGUUUUUUUCUUCAGUUCAGGAGAUUUGAUGCCUAACAUUUGCCUGGCUAUUUUGCCUUGUGAUGGGACACUGUGAAUGACUAUUUGUUUCUUUGCUGUGCUCUGCUUGUUUAUUGUGCAUUGCUGGGUUAAUGACCCUCAGUAAUAUCCUUUUGCAUUUUUUUUCUUUGUGAUGUGUUUUUGGCUUUCUGGAUAAGUUGACCUGAGCUGUUCAGUGUUAUUUCACUUUAAUUAUCAGAAAAAAAACACUAACAUUGCAAUGUCUGAUUAGAAAAUGUGGGGCAUUUUGCCACUUUUGGUGUGGGUAGAGGGCAGCACGUUGCUUCGUUAUGUUUUGGAAGAGGUAGGCCAAGGCCACCUGGUAGUAACUGCAUGGCAGACCAGUCAGUGAUGCACCAACCAUUACUCCCUGCAGCAAGCUCCACACCUAUUGCUCAGACAGAUUCCCAGCCAACCCAAGUUGUCACUACUGAGGCACUGGGUGAUUUGGCAAAACAGAUUGGUGAUAGUAUCACAACAAAUCUCAGCACCAUGCACCAGCCCAGGUGCAGCCAGCCACAAUCUCCUGUCAGCCAGCCUUCCCCUCGCCAUGAUCAGUCACAGCUGAAAGUUUUUGUUCAGUCGGACGCCAAACCACCACCAUACUUUAAGGGUGACCGCUCAGAUGCAUUCUCCAUUCAUGAAUGGGAGGAUAUGAUGAGGUGUUACCUAUCUAGAAUUGACUGUAAAACACCUGCAGAAAUGUUUGACCUGAUAAUGUCCAGAUUGACUGGAAAAGCUAGAGAUGUGGUCAAAGUGUCACGAUGCAGCCGCCCUGAAUUGAGUGGGGCUGAGAUGCAUACUGCUGUGUUCGACAUACUAAAGUGCAAUUUCAGUGAGCUGACGUUCUCCAGCCUGCCCAUGAAAGACUUCUACGGCACCGUUCCACGAGCUGGUGAGGAUGCCAUGGAUUACUGGAUCCGCCUGAACAAGUCCAUUGAUGCUGCUGAUGAGUGUCUUCGCAGCUGAAGGCUCCCGAGAAGUGGACUGCAACUGAGGUCCAGGACCGGCUGGACCAUCAUGUGAGGAAAACAAGAAUAAAUGUAGUUCACUCACAAAAUGCAAGAUGUGUUUCUGCCCCAGGUCAGGGUCCUGUUGAUGUCACCAGCCACACAGCUGUUCCAGUGCCUGUCUCAGUAACAUGUGAGACAGCACCUCGCUCUAUGCCCUCUCUUUCAUUCACUGCAGCCAUUGGUCAGCCUCAGUCACCUGGUGAAGCUGUGAAUUUGGGACGGCCUUCUGCUUCAUGCUCCUUGCCUCAUAUGCAUGCUGCUCCCCCAUCUCCCAGCACUUCUGGAGCCCUGGCAGCUGAUCCCUGCACUCAACAGAUGGUGGCUAUGUUUGACAAAGUUCUCUCCUUGUGCACUGCUUCCCUUUCUACUGGUCAAAGGCGCACCUAUCAGCCCAGCCCUUCCCGUGGCCAGUGGAGUGCUCAACACACAUCAUGCAAAGUUUGUGGCUCAGGAGAACACACACCCCAUGCACACUGUAGACUGUACAGGUUGUGUCUGAACCGUUACAGCCCUGGCCAUAUGAGGCGUGAGUGCUCAUAGACUUCAAGAAAUCCUGCCACGCCACUGCCCCCUUCCUCCGCGCCCACUUUAAACUAGCCAGCCCAUGUGACAAGAGGGGCAGCAUGGGCAGUGUUCAAGACACCCUCACCAGUGCACCAGAUCUUCAGUCUGUGUACAUGAACUGUUGCAAUAUGUACCCUACUGACAAGACAGUGAUCCUUGUGGGGUCACAGAGAGUUGAAGGAGCAAGUGAGUUGUUUUAUGCUCCAGUUUCAGUCGGUGGCCAGUCUAAUCUGAGAGGGAUGCUUGAUUCAGGGAGCAUGUCAUGAAGCGUGUCUGAAGCGGAGUCUGAGCUUAAAGCUGCUGGUGUUGUCUUGACUCCUCAGCCUGUACCAGAGAGUGUGGUGCUCAUUGGCUGUGGGGGCCUUCUCACACGCCCUAAAUGUAUCUAUGAUUUGGACAUUGACAUUUAUGGUUCCAAGUUUGUUGUUCCAAUGUUUGUAGUGCCAGGUCAAAAAGAUGAACUCAUCAUCGGGAGCAAUGUACUCCAGCCCAUCAUUCAAAACAUGAAGUCAGACAAAAAGUAUUGGGAGCUUGUUUCCUCAUGCAACACUGACCAGGAAUGUGAACAGUUUCUCCAGCUACUGUCCUGUAUCUCCCGUUGGUCAGGUCCCGAGAUACCAGACAAGGUUGGCACAGUAAAGUUGCGACAGGCUGUCACCUUGCUGCCACAGAAGAAAUAUGUGGUGUGGGGGAAACUGCCACCAUCUGCUCUAGUGUCACCAGGGAGCACUGUCAUGGUCGAGCCUUCAUCCGCCCGUUCCACUCCUAAGAACAUCAUGGUGGGGCGAGUCAUAACACCCAUGUGGGGGGAUCACUGGGUCCCAAUGAAGGUCCUCAAUCCCACGCCAUAUCCAGUGACACUGCGGUGCAAUGCCAAGUUUGCUGAUGUGUUCACCUGUGUUGCUGUUGAGGAUAUUCCCAUUGUUCAAGGGUUGUGCAUAUCUCAGAAUGACCAACUGACCAUACCUACUCCAUCAUUGGGUGCGGCACCUGACCUGUUGCAGCAGCUUAAAGACUGUGGAUUAAGUGACCUGAACAUCAGUGGCUGUGGGGUGUCAGAUGAGUGGAAGAGGAAGUUGGCUGAGCUGGUGUUGGCCUAUCAGGAUGUCUUCUCUAAGGACAAGCUGGACUGUGGUGAAGCCAAGGAGUUUGUUCAUCGUAUUCACCUCACUGAUGACCGUCCCUUACGGCCACCCUUUCGACGUGUCCCCCCAGUACACUAUCAAAAGCUGAGAGAGGUGUUGUCAGAAAUGGAGAUGAAGGGCAUCAUCAGUAAGCCCAUCAGCGACUAUGCCUCACUGUUGGUGAUGGUUUGGAAGAAAUAAGGGGACUUGAGGAUCUGCACUGACUUCCGCUGGCUUAAUGCCAAAACUGUGAAGGAUGCCCACCCUUUACCCCAUCAGUCCGACUGUCUUGCUGCCCUUGGUGGAAACGCCCUCUUCAGCACCAUGGACCUCACAUCAGGGUUUUAUAACAUCCCCCUUCAUGAGUCUGACAGGCGCUACACAGCCUUCACUACACCACUUGGCCUUUAUGAGUACAACAUACUUCCUCAGGGGCUAUGCAACAGUCCAGCUUCCUUCAUGCGAAUGAUGCUCAGCAUCUUCGGUGACAUGAACUUUUCCAGUCUCCUUUACUACCUUGAUGACUUACUGGUGUUUGCACCAUCAGAAGAGGAGGCCCUUAAAUGCC